AUAUGUAUAUAUGUAUAUAUAAUGGACUCUACUCAAGCAACCAACUAUGAGCCGCUUGAAGGUCGAAGUUCAUCGGGUAUACGUCAUGAACCAAUGGACAGUCCGGAAAGUGAUGUUCGUGCACCUAAAGAUCAAAAGCAUUUAGUAUAUAUCGCUUUGUUGGCAGCUGGUAUUGGAUUUGUUUUGCCCUAUAAUAGUUUUAUAAUUGCUGCUGACUAUUGGCAGUCACGUUUCCCAGGACGUUCGGUGGCCUUGGACAUGUCGAUGACGUAUAUUUUGGUGGCAUUUGCGACAGUGCUAUUGAAUAACGUUUUUUUAUCGUUGGCACCGUUUCGAGUGCGUGUUAUGUUCGGAUAUAUUGUAUCGUUUACAACAUUAAUCUUUGUGGCGGUUUGCGAGGUGGCCUGGCAUAUGUUUACUAGCAAUACAGCGUAUUCAGUAAAUUUGGCAGCUGUAUCAUUGGUGGCAGUAGGAUGCACUGUGCAACAAUCGAGCUUCUAUGGAUUUGCGAGUAUGCUACCCAAGCAAUAUACGCAAGCUGUUAUGGCGGGUGAAAGUGUGGCUGGAUUUUUGGUGUCCUCGAAUCGUGUGGCCACGAAACUCUUGAUACAGAGUGAUCGAUGGUCGACGGUCAUAUUUUUCUUAACCUCCACUUUUUAUAUCCUCUUAAGUUAUAUAUUGCACUUGGCUACUCUGAAUUCGCCUUUUGUGCGGUAUCACAUGAAGGCGUGCGCUAAGAUAGUCUUGCGACCUGAUGAAGAUCGCUUAGUAAGUAGAAGUUUUCAUUGUUUUUAUUCGUGUAAUUUCAAGUUUUUUUCAUUAACUUUCCAGAAUGAAUUGGAAGGUAGUACACCUACCGCUAAAUAUGGGGUCUUAUCGUUGGAGCCCACCAGUCCAACCGAUGCGAAGCCGACGAAAGUGAACAACACAACCAACACUAACACGGCAUUAAGUUUUAGCAAUCCGGUCUAUGAGCUUUCUAAUCCGUCAGCUGGCGAGAGCGUAAUCGAAGGUCUUAAUAAUCUUCCGGAUAUACCAAGCACUCCUCAAGAGCCCACUACUCCCACAACGGUAGUGUUUAAAGUGGAACAUGUCCUAACCCCGGGAACUUGUACACCAGGCAAACUUAGCGAUUUGAAAAAUGGAUUUGCCUCACGUUGGCAAGUGGCCCAAUCAAUUUACCCAUACAUGGUGUGUAUUGCCUUAGCUUAUUGUGUAACCUUAUCACUGUAUCCGGGCAUCGAAUCCGAGAUUAUAUCUUGCAGUUUGGGUAAUUGGCUGCCGGUCUUAUUAAUGUUUACAUUUAAUACUGCGGAUGUUAUUGGAAAGAUAUUGGCUGGUUUACCAUACCCUUGGUCUCGUAGGCAAUUAAUUUUGAUGUCAGGUCUCCGGAUUGUUUUGGUUCCUUUGCUUUUAUUAUGUUGUGCUCCUCGCCAUCAGCCAGUAAUCUCGGGAGAAACGUCAGCCUUCAUAUUUACAAUUGCAUUGGGGGUAAGUAAUGGUUUGGCUGGCAGUCUACCUAUGAUGUUGGCUCCUGCUAAAGUGCCAGGCACUCUUAAGGAAGUUACAGGUAACAUGAUGACGCUCUCCUAUAAUGUCGGCUUAACUGCCGGUUCCUUGAUCGGUUAUGUAUUUGAAUCAAUGCUGGGUGCUCAACUUAACAAUCCAUGCCCCAAGUAUCCAUACAUAAUUGGUCCAACAAUUGUACAUCAACAAAUAAUUACUAGUACGGUAACACCGACCAUAAGUUCUAAUGUCACCUCUACGUUGGCAACAACGCUGAUGACAAGUACCACCAGCUAUUUACCAACGACUACAGAAGGUACUAGCACAUUUUCGUUAGCACCGUUAACUAAUUUAGUAACAGCAACAACCACGGCCGCAGCAAUAAUAACUAUAACUCCAAGUCCUCCAUCUGCUAAUGUAACUUCAACAGCGGCCACAGCGGCGGCUGUUUCGACUGUGGCGGCCACAGUAUCAACUCUUCCAGACAUGGUUAGUACAGUUGUUUCAAAUAUUUUGACAGCUGUCACUACACUCAGUGAAAUGAGUGCGGAAUUAAUAAGCGGCAGUGUUAGUAGUACGCCAGAUCCUCAAAAUUCUAUGGAACUGAUGGAACAAGUUUAGAUUUUUAAAAUUAGAGUAAGCAAAGCGUACUGAGAGAACAAAUAAUGAGCAAGAAAGCAGUAAAUGUUAGUUGAAUUUUCUAAAAGAGUGCCAGAUUGAUCAACUAAUAUUAUAUAAGUGACUUGUGUGUGCCAUCACAUAAAGGAUAAUAUAAACGUACGAACGCUAUAAUACAAACGGUAAUUUAAGUAAAGACUGAUUUAGUGGACGUACGUCAAAAAUUUUUGUUAAGCUAAGGAACAUUUUUUAUUACGAUCGUCUAAAAUGAACUAGGAAUAGGAAUAUGAGUAGGAGUAGGAGUAGGAGUAUUUGAGCUAAGAGUCAUUAAAUUUGUUACGUUGACUAAUGGAAUAGAGAAAUUAUAAAAAUGUUCUUAUAUUUUUUUAAAGUUCAAUAUCCAAAAUCAAAAACCGAUAAAAAAAAAAAAAUGAAGAAGAAAAGGAAACAGAAAUGACAAUGAGAACGAGUUAAAUUGCAUGUGUAAAUGAAACGUUCACUUAUAUCAUGGACAAGUGGGAUUUUUCGAAAAGACUUAUUCUUUCACUGCAUUAAACUGCUUGAAUUUCUCUCAGUAUCUUUUAUUUAGAACGGAAAAAAGGAGUUUUUCUUUUGUUUUUGUAUCGUAUUUUAGUAUUAAAGUAUAAGUCUGAUAUGAGGUCACUCUUUUUAAUUAUGUACAUAUUAUAUAAGUUCGAAAGAGUUUGGUAAGAGUACUUUGCACAUUCUUAUUAUA